AGUCCGCUCUGUGCCGCCGCUCCCUAUUCACAUAGCCAACGGAAAAUUUUGGCGCUUCAUUUAUUCGCAAACAUUUCAUCAAACACAAUCUACUUUUCGGGCAACUUUUUUACAUUUAUAUUUAAUUAUAUAGCAUAAUUCUGUGAUCGUGAUUAAGGUUGUGUCAAAAAUUCCAUAUCAAUUAUAAAUUCGUUAGUUAAGGUGUUAAGUAGAUGUGUGACGUAGUAAGGAUUAAAACUGCGAUAGUGUUGGCUCGGUGAGGUUGGUCGGGUAGGGCGAGUGUGACGAGGUCGGCGCCGGCGCCGCGACGCCCGCGCAUGUGCGAUGCGAUGCGACAACUCGCCGCGCUGCUGCAAGGCUCGGUGCGUGCGUCACAAAACACGGAAAAACUACAGAAUGGCUCAAUUACACCAGUUCUCGUGUUCCCAGACGAAGGGGGCACACGGGAAGGCGGAUUGGUGUGGCGCGGGUGCUCCGCCGGCUUCGACACGGAGGAUGGCACGGCGGGACCGCUUGCCGAAGGCAACGCCAACCCAGGAGACAAGUUGGAGGGGUCGGACGCAGCUCCGGACGACCCUGUUCACCUCAAGAGACGGGUGGGACUCUUCAGUGGGGUGGCUCUAAUCGUUGGCACCAUGAUUGGCUCAGGAAUAUUCGUCUCGCCCUCUGGGCUGCUGGAGCGCACUGGCUCAGUGGGCAUAAGCUUCAUCAUUUGGAUGGCAUGCGGCCUGCUCUCAUUGCUAGGAGCGCUCGCGUACGCAGAGUUAGGUACAAUGAACACGUCGUCAGGUGCUGAAUACGCUUACUUCAUGGACGCGUUCGGAGGGCCGCCUGCGUUUCUAUUUUCAUGGGUAUCGACAUUGGUGCUGAAACCGUCACAAAUGGCUAUAAUCUGUUUGAGCUUCGCCAAAUACGCGGUGGAGCCAUUCGUCUCGGAGUGCGAGCCGCCUGAUAGCCUUGUUAAACUGGUCGCGGUCAUUUCUAUUGUGAUGAUCUUGGCAGUGAACUGCUACAGCGUGAACUUGGCUACGAACGUGCAAAACAUAUUCACUGCUGCGAAGUUAGUCGCGAUCGCAAUUAUCGUCUGCGGCGGAGCUUAUAAACUCAUAUUAGGUAAUACGCGACAUUUACAGGAGCCCAACUUCGCAAGUAGCACCGCGACUCUGGGCAACAUAGCCACUGCUUUCUACACGGGCCUUUGGGCUUACGACGGUUGGAAUAACCUCAACUAUGUCACUGAGGAAAUUAAGAAUCCAUCCAAGAAUCUCCCGUUGAGUAUAAUAAUCGGCAUACCGCUGGUGACGUUAUGCUACGCGCUCGUGAACGUGUCAUACCUGGCGGUGAUGUCAGUGAGCGAGAUGGCAGAUAGCGAGGCUGUCGCUGUCACCUUCGGAAACCGACUACUAGGCCCACUAGCCUGGCUCAUGCCCCUCGCUGUCACUAUAUCCACUUUCGGAUCAGCCAACGGUACACUCUUCGUGGCUGGCAGACUAUGUUUUGCGGCGUCACGAGAAGGUCAUCUGUUAGAUAUCUUGUCCUACGUUCACGUCCGCAGAUUCACUCCAGCACCUGGACUAAUAUUCCAUUCGCUGAUAGCGGUGGCGAUGGUAUUGUACGGAACGAUAGAUUCACUGAUUGAUUUCUUCUCAUUUACGGCAUGGAUAUUCUACGGCGGCGCCAUGCUCGCUUUAAUUGUUAUGAGAUACACGAAGCCCCAUGCACCGAGACCAUACAAGGUGCCGAUAGUGAUACCUUACGUGGUAUUAUUGGUGUCCGCGUACUUGGUAGUGGCGCCGAUAGUGGACAAGCCUCAGUGGGAGUACUUGUACGCGGCCGCGUUCAUACUCGCCGGACUAGUCGUAUACGUGCCGUUCGUGAAGUGGGGAUACUCGCUGCCGUUCAUGGUGUACGGGCAGUUGAAUUUUGCGACCGGUAAAAUUUGGUCCUAUCAUUCCUUACUGGGGCAGAAGGAUGCUGUCUAAGUAAUUUUAAUGGAGAUAUUUUUAUAUUUAUUGAUUGUAAAUAAAGUUCAGAGAUAAUUUUUUAAAUUUUGCUAUUAUGUUUUGUUAUGAUAUUAAUGUUGUAAUUCAGAGUACCUUCAUAGGAAAGUGAGUAGACAAUCUAUCAGUUGAUCGAUAAUAAUGAUUUUAAUUAUAAAUAACGUAAUUACGGGCACAUAAUAAGUACACACCUCUAACGAUGUGAUAUUGUUAUGGGUAAAACUGUUUUAUUUUGUGAAUGAAAAAUAUCAAAUGACAAACAAUGAUAUAUAACCUACUUCUAUAUCCUUAUCUCUGAAAGAGAACAGAAAUAUUUAUUGUUAUACACUACCAUUAAAUGAGAUGAAAAUUUU